AUGAAAAUAUCCUCUGAAAAAUCUAAGUUCUACCAAAGAGAGGUGGAAUUUUUGGGAUAUAUAGUGGCAAAGAAUAUAAUCAAAACGGACCCAAGAAAGGUUGAAGCCAUACAGAAUUAUCCUAUACCAAAGACAUUGCGUCAAUUGCGGGGAUUUUUGGGGCUGACAGGCUAUUAUAGAAAAUUUAUACACAAUUACGCGGUUGUGGCAAAGCCAUUAACUAAGCAUUUGCAGGGGGAAAACGGAAAAAUUUCCCAGUAUUUGUCAAAGAAAAAGAUAGUUAGUCUAGAUCAAGACGUAGUGGCUGCUUGUGACAAAUUGAAGAAUUUACUGGCUCAACAGGUUGAAUUGACACAACCUGAUUAUAACAAAAAAUUUGUUUUAACAACCGAUGCAUCAAAUGUAGCUUUGGGUGCAGUAUUGUCACAAGAGGGGAAACCUAUUGUCUUUAUAUCAAAAACAUUAAAUUCUACGGAGUUUAAUUAUGCUACAAAUGAGAAAGAGUUGUUCGCAAUAGUCUGGGCUUUGAAAGCAUUGCGUAAUUACCUUUACGGUGUUAGUGAUCUGGAAAUACACACUGAUCAUCAACCUUUGUCAUUUGCGAUUUCGGAAAGAAAUCCGAAUAUUAAGAUUAAGAGAUGGAGAUCAUUUAUUGAAGAAUUUUCUCCAAAAAUUAUUUACAAGCCAGGUGCAACCAAUGUCGUUGCUGAUGCAUUGUCGAGACAAAUGCUUAAUAAUUUGACAAAUUCCAAAGAACAUAGUGAGUCCAGUGAUUCGUUAGCGGACACACAACAUUCUGCUGAAAGCAAAACAUUUAAUGAUGCAAGAAUAUUAGUGCAUGAUAAUAGACGCAUAAUAAAUAAAACUAACUGGUCAAAAAUAUCAAAAUUGUUGAUCAAAUUACGUUUAAAUUUAUAUAACGUCAAAGAAAAGUAUCAGCUAGAUAUUUUCAUUCCAACAGUGUUAAAUUCACCAUUAACACUACAUGGAGAAGAAGAUCAGAAAUCAGUUGAAACAGAUUUAGAUUCAGAUCCUGAAUCAAACGAAGAAACUGACAUAAAAGAAAACGACCUAAAAGAUCUUACUAUUCCUGCACAAAUCACUUUAUCUGAAGAAGAUAAUGAGAUAGAACAGGAAGAAGGAUUGAAUUCUAGCACAAGCUCAGCAGACACAGAAGAAUACAUCAUGACAGACGUAAACGCCCAAAGGGCAUACAUAAAGGACAUAUCGAAUGCCAUUCCAGAAUUCAAUGGACAGAAAAUACAUCUUCAAAGAUUUGUAACAGCUUUGAAGUUAAUAAAUCUGACAAAAGGCACAUUCGAAGAAAUAGCUGUUGAGGUCAUUAAGUCAAAAAUUGUUGGCUCAACUCUAUACAAAGUCCAAAAUGAAACGACAAUUAAUGCAAUAAUCAAAAAAUUGCAAGAUACUAUAGUUGGUGAAACAUCCGACGUAGUAAAAGCCAAAUUGUCUAAAACAAUGCAAAAAGGGAAAACUGCCGAAAAAUUUACGACAGAAAUUGACAAUUUACGAAAGCUUUUGGAAGCUUCGUAUAUUGACGAAGGCCUAUCAGCCGAACAUGCUGACAAAUUCAGCACUAAAGAAGCCAUUAACACAAUGGUUAAAAAUUGCGAACACGGAAAGUUAAAAACAAUCCUCGAGGCAGGCAAUUUCAAAACAAUGGAUGAAGCCGUCACAAAGUAUAUACAAUGUAGUACCGAAAUGACAGGCAAUCCCAAUUCAAUAUUGCUAGCCCAAAGGGGCCGUGGUAAUUAUAACAACAGGAAUAAUUAUCGCGGUAGAGGCAAUGGUAGAGGCAAUGGUCGAGGUUAUUAUAAUAAUAAUAAUUAUAAUAACAACAACCGCAAUAAUGGCCAGAAUAAUAAUUACCAAUAUAAUAAUUAUAGAGGUAAUAAUAGAGGAAACAACAGAGUCAACCAUAGAGGAAAUAACCACCAAAAUGGAGGUUAUAACCAAAACAGUUACAAUAAUGUAAGGGUGACCCAAAACGCUUCGGGAAACUCCCAACAGCCUUUAGAUACUCAGCAGUAA